CACGUGACCUCGCGUUCACCUUCAGCCUUCUCUUUAUAUAACCAUAAGCUGGAUCACCCACCAUUUCGUCCUCCUCCACUCAACUGGCCUCCGUCGAGGUGGACAGAAUAAUGGCGUCGCGGUGCUCUUUGGCUCUGCUUAUUCUGUUUGUUUUGGCCGUGUCGCUUCCUCGGCCGCAGCAGGUAUUUGCAGUGAAACCGAUGCCUCAACUCAGGACAGCUUCAAGGAUUAUUCAGAAUUCGAUCAUUGAAAGGAUUAACGAUAACCCUGAAGCUGGAUGGAAAGCUUCCGUGAACCCUCGCUUUGAAAAUUAUACAAUUGAGCAAUUUAAGCAUAUUCUUGGGGUUAAACCUAUGCCUUCCAAUAAGGCGAUGGUCCUUCCUACAAAGACCUACCCAAAGUCUUUAAAGCUUCCCAAGGAAUUUGAUGCAAGGAAAGCUUGGCCCCAGUGUAGUACAAUUGGGAGAAUUCUUGACCAGGGCCACUGUGGUUCUUGCUGGGCUUUUGGUGCUGUAGAAUCGCUUUCUGAUCGUUUUUGCAUUCAUUUUGGCAUUAAUGUUUCUCUGUCUGUCAAUGACCUUUUGUCCUGCUGUGGGUUUAUGUGUGGUGAUGGCUGUGAUGGAGGGUAUCCUCUAAGUGCAUGGCAAUACUUUGUCCAGAAUGGCGUUGUUACUGAUGAGUGCGACCCAUAUUUUGAUGACAUUGGAUGCUCUCAUCCUGGCUGUGAACCUGCAUAUCCAACUCCAGCAUGUGAAAAACGGUGUAAAGUUGACAAUCUCCUCUGGGAGCAAAAUAAGCAUUUUGGUGUCGAUGCAUACAUGGUAAACUCAGAUCCAACGGAUAUCAUGAUAGAGGUCUACAAAAAUGGUCCUGUAGAAGUUGAUUUCACAGUUUAUGAGGACUUUGCACACUACAAGUCAGGAGUCUACAAACACCUGACUGGUGAUUUUAUGGGUGGCCACGCUGUGAAGUUGAUCGGAUGGGGGACCAACGAGGACGGUGAAGACUACUGGCUUCUUGCAAACCAGUGGAACAAAAACUGGGGUGACGAUGGUUACUUCAAGAUCCUAAGGGGAAAGAACGAGUGUGGGAUCGAAGAUGAUGUUGUAGCUGGGAUGCCUUCGACAAAGAACUUGAUCAUCAACAAUGCCGCCGGUCAUUCAGAAGCUUAUGCUACUUUUUAGCGCACUUUGCCUGGGUAACCUACCAGGACGUACGCCAAUAUAUGUUAUGAUGUUGCUUAAUGAUCUAUUGUCGAUACAUUUGAACUUAUUAGAUAAUUCCGAAGGCACGCCACCAAAAUGUCUAGCUCUUAA